AUGUCGUCUUCUACUCGUCCAAGUAUCUCUUCUGCGUCGAAUGUACCAGGACCGAAACGGAAUGAUACCUUACCUACAGAAGUAAUUCAGCGACAGGACAAUGAGGCUCCAGAGUCGGAACCACCUCCCAAAAUUUGGUCCGUUGGAGACCCCUUUCAAUAUGCACCUCCCAAACCUGAAGGAGACCCGUGGGCUUUACUCCUGGAACCGCUGAUAAAGAAAGAUAAAAUGCGGUGCGAAGCAUGGAAGGACGAGGUUCAAAAUUUGCUCAUCUUCGCCGGUCUUUUCUCUGCCGUUGUAACAGGAUUUAUUAUCGAAUCCUACAAGAAUCUCCAGCCGGACCCCGAAGAUGUCAUGAUAAAUUUACUGUCUCAAAUUGCGACCCGUCUCGAGCGCGUGCCCGGUCUUAAUACUACAUCUACUGAACCCCCUCUUGCGCAGGCACAGUUCUCACCGAGUUCCUCGACCAUUCGAGUCAAUACAUUCUGGCUCAUAAGCCUUGUCCUCAGCCUGGCAACCGUUCUUGUUGGCAUAGUGUCCCUUCAAUGGCUGCGUGAACACCAAUCAUAUCCAGAUUUGACGCCGAGGCAACGCUACGCUAUAUAUCAUAUGCGAGAUAAUGGAAUAAAGAAAUGGCAGGCUUGGUCGACUUUUUCCAUUCACUGGGAGAAUGGAGGGUAA